UUUGUUGAGGGCAGAUAAACUGUAAGCCAGGACUUUUUUUUUUUUUUUUUUUCUCCGUACUGUUCCCCUUUUCUCCUCCACGCUUCACGUUCAGAAUCUAGGCUGGACAAGAAAAAAGAAAGAGUCGGGGGCAAAAGAGUCAACUUUGCUGUGAAGUCUGUCAGUGUCGCGCUGCCGACGUCACGGCCGGCGUCUCCGCUGUCUUAGUGGUGGCUUGAGAGGUGGCUACCUCCGAAGCGUGUCUGGUGUGUUCCUUUAUAGAUGCUGAGGAUAUGCGGGCUUGGUGUGGUGCUGAGCCUGGCCGUGGCGGCGGUGGCUGUCAUGGCCGUGUGGUUGAUGGACUGGUGGGGUCCCCGCCCUGGUAUUCGCCUCUUCGUACCGGAGGAGCUAGCCCGCUAUCGCGGUGGCCCAGGGGACCCGGGCCUGUACUUGGCACUGCUCGGCCGCGUCUACGACGUGUCCUCUGGCAGGAGGCACUACGAGCCUGGGGCGCACUAUAGCGGCUUCGCAGGCCGGGAUGCAUCCAGAGCAUUUGUGACAGGAGACUAUUCUGAAGCUGGCCUUGUGGAUGAUAUAAAUGGCUUGUCCUCCUCUGAGAUACUGACACUGCACAACUGGCUUUCAUUCUACGAGAAAAAUUAUGUAUUUGUCGGAAGACUGGUUGGAAGGUUCUACAGAAAGGAUGGGUUGCCCACUUCAGAACUAACCCAGGUAGAAGCCAUGGUGACUAAAGGCAUGGAGGCAAAUGAACAGGAACAAAGAGAAAAGCAGAAGUUCCCACCAUGUAAUUCCGAGUGGAGCUCUGCUAAGGGCAGCAGGCUCUGGUGCUCCCAAAAGAGUGGAGGUGUGCACAGAGACUGGAUUGGUGUCCCCAGGAAGUUGUAUAAGCCAGGGGCCAAGGAGCCUCAUUGUGUGUGUGUGAGAACAACUGGCCCUCCUAGUGACCAGCAAGACAACCCUAGACACUCAAAUCAUGGGGACUUGGACAACCCCAACUUGGAAGAAUACACAGGCUGCCCACCACUGGCUACCACAUGUUCCUUCCCACUCUAAGAUGGUGUCCUGUAUGUGGUGGCUAUCACAUGGAGAACCUUCCAGAUCUACAGAAAGCCCUUGAUCUUGUGCCCUAGCAAGGCUCCUGGCCUGAAAUAGGAGUGUCAAGGACUCCAACCACACUCUGCAAAUGUGGGUCACAAUUCUACUGGCUGAGACAAGAGCCGGAUAGCCUACCUCGUAUGGUCAGCUUGUUCUGACACUGUUUGGAACCUCUGUCCUCUCUCAUCUUCCUUCAGAGCCUGAAGACAUUAAUGAACACAGUGAAAUCAACAUAGAAUUGCGCAGAUAAGGAGUCUGAGAGCUCCAGAAGGGACUUCCCAUAGACUUGGUGCUGCCUGAAUCAGAGCUUGAACUCUGCUCAUCAUGCCAGUCCUGCUGGUACUUGGAGCAGUAGCGAAACAGAACUGUGGCUCUCAGUGGAAAAAUCAGACAUUUCCCAACAAGAUUUUGCACCUUAGUAAAAUUAAGGUAAUCGUUCUAAGUCACAGGGUAACUGACUGAGCUCUUAACUUCUGACAUUUGUGACAUUUCUAAAACCUCUACUCCAAGGCAAACUGACUCCAUGGGAACUGGGAUGGUCCAGCGAGAUGAGAGAAUAAACUAGAGUAGCAGAUUCUGGGUGGAGUACACCCAGAAUGUACAGAUGGAGUACACCAUAAUCCCCCUGCCCUGGUGUGCUUCAAACAGCUUUUUUUACUCAUAUUGCUAGUGAAAAGUUGUCCCUCUAUGACUGCCACACACUGUAAGAGGCUUUGCUGCAGGUUUCUCACCCCUCUGCAGAAUUCCCUUCUCUGCUGCACAGCCGCAGCUCUUCUCAUCUCUUUCUGGUUCUUGUUUUCGUUUUCCAGACAGGGUCUCAUUAUGUAGCUCUAGCUAUCCUGGAAGUCACCAGGUAGAUGGGGCUGACCUGGAAUUCACAGAAAUCCACCUGCCUCUGCCUCCCGAGUAUUGGGAUUAAAGACAUGCACCACUAUGUCCUACUAAUUUUACCUAUCUUGAUCUCUGCUAUUUUAUAAAAAAAUUACUUGACUUUAUGAGGCAGGAUCUCAUGUUUCCAGGUCAGCCUUGAACUCAGUAUGUAGGCAUGUGCUCCAUGCCCAGUUUAUUCAGUAGGAGGGGUUGAAUGAACCAGAGCCACAUACAUGCUAGGCAAGCACUUUACCAACUGAGCUAUAUCCCUAGGCCCUUGAUCUUCAUUGCUCUUGACUUUUUGACCAUGAUGUCCUGCAAGAUCCUCAUAAAGCCCUCACUCGCUGCACUGGUCCCAGCCCCAGGCUUCCUUCUGAGGUAGUAUCUCCAAUCAAAAAGCUUGAUAAUAAAGAUGUCUGUGAGCUCUGCAGGCACUGUAACUCCCA